AUGACAUUAAAUGUACUUCCUCUUCAGUUUUGCACUGGUGAAAUUCGUGGCAAAUACGUGAAAACAUCUGGAAAUGUUGAGGGCUAUCAAUUUUUGGGUAUACCAUAUGCAGAAGCUCCAAUCGGCGAGUUACGAUAUCGAGAUCCUCAGCCUAAACGAAAGUGGAGUGGAACGUUGGAUGCGACUGACUUUAGAGAAUCCUGUUUCUGGAACUCAUCAACGACAUCGAACGAUCCGAACAAAACGCCGAUGUCAGAAGAUUGUCUCUUCAUCAACGUACUUACAAGUCCAAAGUGCUUACGGCAUGGCAAUUGCUCUGUAUUAGUUUACAUCCACGGUGGAGGUUUUGAUUACGAUACGCCAUCAUUAUAUCCACCUCAUUUCUUGAUCGAAAACUUCCUCACAGAGGAUCGUUCUGUUCUUUUUGUUAUGCCAGCUUACCGACUUGGUUCUUUCGGUUUCUUAAACCUGAGCCCAGAUGCGCCAUCAUCCGCUGUCCGAAACGUCGCCUUUAAAGAUUUGAUAGAAGCCUUGCGAUGGGUUCAAAGGGAAAUCGCAAAAUUCGGUGGCAGUCCGGACAAGGUGACCAUUAUGGGGCAUAGCAGCGGAGCAACAACCGUGAAUCUUUUCACAAUGUCUCCGUUAACGAAGGGGUUAUUUUCAAAAGCGAUCGUAAUGAGUGGAGAAGGCCUGAAACCGCUGCCUUAUGAUACUAAUCGCAUGGCAAGUGUACAAUUGGCUGCAUCAGUUGGUUGUGCUCAUUGGAACACCAAUUUCAAUGAUUUAAAGCAAACUGAAAAGGUGUUGAAGUGUUUGAGGGGAGUUGAUGCGAAAAGGUUGAUCGUACAACAGAGACGUCUAGAGGAUCAAGGAGUUGCUUUUAGUGGGCCAUGCAUCGAUGGACCUCAUGGAGUGAGUUUAUCUUUUACUGUAUUUGUUUGCAACAACUUCAGUGCAGAUUCAUUCGCUGAUGCCAAAUGA